CAACAAAGUGAAGUUACAUUAAUCUGAAGUUGGCACACAAAACACAACUAAAGUACACAAUGCGUACAUAAGCCAAAAACACAUUUACGGUUUAUUUUGUGUUUACGAUAUAUAAAAUUAUAAAUAAAAAACCUUAUAGUGUUGAUUAUUAUUGCGACUGUCGUUUCUUGUAUUUGUUGAUAAAAGUGUUUGUGAUACGUGUGACAAAUUAAAAUAUUGUUUCGCUUACAUGUUUUUACAAGUGCAGUGUAAAAUCGAGGUUGGUGUAAUAAUGAAGAGCAGUGCGUCUAUCGCUCUAUAGCGAUGUGUGAAUUUAUUAAAUUCAGUUGACGGUGAUUUAUUAAAAUUCAUGGUGUUUCCUAUAACGUUAGUGUCAUUUGUAAAGUAUAGUUCGAAUCAUAGGGUCCACAAGCGAUUCUACGGAUUCUACCAUGGUCGUAAAACGUGCUGCGGACACUGCGGACUCACCCAUACUUGAGGAGACCGGCGAAAGUGGCUCAGAACAGAAGCCCAAACCGCCUGUCAAAUACGGCGAAUUAGUUAUACUGGGAUACAAUGGAGCACUGCCGUCAGGCGAGCGUGGUCGACGGCGCAGCAAGUUCGUGCUGUACCGACGGCCGGUCGCCAAUGGCGUACGACGUUCAAAGCACUAUGUAGUGAAGACACCACACAGUAGCAAGGCUAUCCUCGAUGCUAGCCAGCACUCUAUCUCGUACACAUUGAACCGCAACCAGGCCGUCAUUGUGGAGUACACGGAGGAUCCCGACACAGAUAUGUUCCAGAUUGGCAGAUCGUCAGAACCUCCAAUAGACUUCGUGGUUAUGGACACGGUUGCAGGUGACAAAACUGGUGAUACGAAGGUGAUGCAGAGCACGAUAUCGCGGUUCGCGUGUCGAAUUAUAGCGGAUCGCAACGACGUCAAUAAUUGCCGAAUAUACGCCGCCGGCUUUGACUCCUCUAGGAAUAUAUUUCUAGGUGAAAAAGCAACAAAAUGGACGGAGAACCACGAAAUCGAUGGUCUGACAACGAACGGGGUUCUGAUAAUGCACCCGCGCGGCGACUUCUGCGGCGGCAGUGCGACCAGCGAACCGUGGCGCGAGACCUCCGUUGGCGGCGCAGUGUUCUCGUUACGUGAGAGCCGUUCAGCACAACAGAAGGGUCUGCCAUGUCAAUCGGAGACAAACGUAUUGAGAGAUGGUACUAUGAUAGAUUUGUGUGGAGCCACAUUGUUAUGGAGAAGUGCGGAAGGAUUGAAAAAUUCACCGACAAAGCGGGUGUUAGAAACGCUAGUAGACGAGCUUAACGCAGGGCGACCUCAGUGCCCGGUCGGUUUGAAUACUCUGGUAAUCCCGCGCCGUUUAUCCACGGCUGCCAGCGAGCGUUCACAGGAUCUCAAUCAGCCUUACGUUUACCUUAAUUGUGGACACGUACAAGGGGAGCACUCAUGGGGCGCGGAGGGCACGGAGGCGGGCGCCCGCCGCUGCCCGAUGUGCCUGACGGCGGGGCCCGUCGUGCGAGUGUGUAUGGGCAUCGAACCCGCGUUCUACGUUGACGCCGGCCCACCCACAUACGCCUUCAACCCGUGCGGUCACAUGGCCUCAGAGAGGACCGUUAAAUAUUGGGCGACAGUGGACAUACCUCACGGUACAAACGGGUUCCAUGCGAUCUGUCCGUUCUGCGCGGCGCCGCUAGAGGGCUCGCCCGGGUACGUGCGGCUGAUCUUCCAGGACAACCUCGACUGAAUCUUCACGCCGGUCGAAGCACCACGUACACGGCAGCUGUGCCACCAAUCUACGUACAAAAGUGCACUAGACGUACGUAUCCGGCGCGUAGGCCUUAGAUGCUAAUACCGGACUUGGCUUUCGAUACGUUAGCCCCAGAUGGUUAUGUAGAUCCUCAACUGUUUGAGAAUAUUAUCAUGCCGUCAUCAAGGUCUUUCAGUUCAUUAAUUCUAUCAAGGUCAUUCAUUCUUGAACAUCAAGUUUCAUGUUGAAUCUCACCGUUUAACGUCACCGAUGCACAUUUAAUGGUUUAAUUUGAUUAUUAUAAUGCGUAAUGUCAACACAGCUUAAUGGAAUGAUAAUUUAUUUGUCCAUAUAAUUAUGUGUGUUUACGCAGACGUACAUGUUAGGUGCAUAUUACACGAUUAUAAUAUUACUAUUGCAACGGUCAUGACUGUUGUGUACAUAUUUUCUGAAAAUGUAAAAUGUAUCUAAAAUAUUAAAAAUUUUAGUGAUGUUCUCUUCUUAUAAAUUGUUUAUUAAAAAUUAAUCUGAUAAAUAAAAAGAGGCAGUUACAACGUCGAGCCUGCAUACAUAUUCUACUUGUAAAUACAACUUUUAUUUAAAAUGAGUCGAUUAUUGGCUGAAUCUGCUAAUAGGAAAAUAGAGGGGCUCUUCAAUAACUUUGGCUAUAUUAAAAUUCGACCUGACAACACGUCAAGACUGAUGAAAAAAAAAAUUGUUAAUGAUCGUGUAAUAGUCGCCUUAAGUUUAUAAAUCGAUGUGUUUACGGUGUAUGUAUAUUUAAUAAUUAAGAUUAUAUAAUAAAUGACUUCGAAUUACAGAGGACUUGUAUUUAUUCGAUUGAGUCAAUAUGUAAGAUACGACGGCAAGGAAAUAAGUGAAAAUAAUAAAAAAAGAAAAAUAUUUAUCGCUUUGUAUAAACAUCGCUAUAUUAAGUUAUUGACGACGUCGUAAUUGUAAAAGAGGUUUAGAUAUUUUAAUAAUCAACAUCUUAUUAUUUUCGUGUAAUUCAGGAAUGGAAUUAGAAUUGGCGGUUUAUUAAAAAGAUCUCGCAGUACUAGAAGUCACAAAAUUCAUAACAACACCAGAAUUAAACAUUAUUAUUUAUAAUGAUGCGGCUGUAAGGACAGGUACCUCGUUACGGAUGUUUUAAGAACAUAUUCCUGCGAGACGGUUCUUAAAGUUUAAAUAUAAAUGGAGUUUAUAUUACAUAUAUGUAUACUAAUAAAUCAAUAUUAAUAUACUAUAUAUAUUAUAUUGUGGAUAUUACAGAUAUUUUUUUGUUUCUAAAUAUUAAUCAAAACCCAUCUAACCAACCGAGUUUAAAGUAGAUGUAGCACAAGUAUGCUAACACUUUUCCAUAUAAUAUUAUUGACAAUAUAUUAUUUAAAAAUUUAAAUCAUAUAAAUCAAUAAUAUAAGAUAUAUUCGAAAAUGUUUGUUUGCAUUCAACGCAUGAAGAAAGACCUGCAGUUCUUAUCGGCGCACUUAAUGUAAAUAGCAAGCGAAUAAAGCAGCCAAAAUACUAAUUCCAUUCUUUAUCUACGCGACUCGUAACAGGCUUUAGAUUUUUUUCAUAUUUUCGUUUAUAAUCAUAAUAACAAUGACGUUUUUGCAUAAAUUAUUUAAAUUGAGAUGAUUGGAUUAUUAUCAGAUAGUAAAUACGUUCCUUUAAUGGAUGCGAACGAUGCUUGUGUUUGGAAUAUUCAUGUAUUAUUAAUCAAUGUAAAUAUAUUCAUAACAUCAUUUCCUAUGAAUUGUAUUAUUGUUAAGUAAUUUAUGUUGGGUUUUUGUAGUGUGUGAAAUGCUUCUUUAAUUAUAAGAGAGCCUUUUAG